AUCUGCCUAGGCCUUCAAUCUCUUUUGACUUUGUUCAGAAUGAGAGUGAAAAAGUUAAUAUCUACUGUGAAUCCCCAUAUCAACACAAAGGCAAAAUGUGGUUUCAGCUACUGAACAGCAGCAAAGAUAUAGUGUAUGAAACCGAAAAAGAAAACAACUACGCAGAAUUCACCAUUUACAGACCAGAGCAUUUUCAAAUGAAAUAUUAUUGUGUUUAUCGUAUACGCAUCAGGCAAGAUUUUGCUGAUUCGGUGAUCAGUGACCCUCUAAUCAUCAGUGACCGUAAGUGUUAUUAAGUAAUUAGUUCAAGAAAAAAAUGUUUAAAUAAUGAAAUUAUUUAAGUGGAUCUGUCAAUUUCAAGGGUCUUUCCUUAUUUUCCCCCAAAAUCACAAAACCUCAGUCUUUACCGUAAGACAAAGCAGUACAUACUUACCUUAUGGUUUCUUUGGAUUGCUUUGGAGGAGCAAUGAAAUUUAAUAUUUUUUAACUUCAUGAAAUACAGAAAAACAACAGGAUCCGCUUUAAGUUCAUUUGGUAACCAGUGAACCUAACUGUAUUGAAAUUAAGUGAAAAGAAAAUGUAAUGCUAUAAAAAGUGAUGUUGACAACAUGAUACAUUGAGUCAUAAACCAGAAAAAAACGGAACCAAUUUAAUUUUUCUUCUGUAUGUUUCAGACACUUUUUUUUUUUUUUUAAAUAUACAUUUAUAUUGAGUAGAAAAGAAUAACAUGCAUUCAGUACUGAUUGGUCAGCAGUAGCUAUGGGCAUUAAUGCAGUACAUCAGUACAUAGGAUUCAUUGGAAAGAAAGAUAUAACACAUUGUCAUGGUCGCCUGAAUAAAACAUUGAUUUGUACAGAAACAAUGAUGCAAGAAAAAUUUUUUUUUUAGCUGGUGCGUGAACAUUGUCUGACACAACCGAUCCUUAUGGGGCAACAUAGCAGUCAAGUCAAGCUGAGUACCAUGUAUGAAAAUUGACAAAAUUCAAUGAAAUGAGUCUAAGAUAAAGACUUUUUAAAGAGGAACAGGGAUGGAAAUCAACUUGUGAGUUAAAUCUCAAUGAGUCCUUCAUGGCGACCGGGAACGAAGGGUUGACACCUGGGAUAGGAGAUAGGCUGUUCAUACAUGCAUGGACAUUAGGGUGCGAUCUGCAUCAGUCUACGGUUUGGCCCAGAAAGGCUUGUUUUUAAAGGAAGGAGAGCCAAGGAUCCCAAGUUUGCUUAUACUGAGAAUAUUUGGGAGCCAAGAAUUCCUUUGGGUGUGCUAGUGAUAGCAGUAUGUCUUCCGCGUUUGCAGACACCCCACAAAUUACUGACCCCUUUGGACUCCUAAGUCUAAACGUAACUCAUAUAUAAUAGUGCAUGUUGUCAUGUUGAAGUUAGCGCUAUAUAUUCACACCAGCUAGAUAUUAUAUUGCUCAUAAAUAUGGAAACUGUACCUUAUACUGAAUGCAUGUGCUGGGGUUUUAAAUUAAACAGAAUCACCAUAAUUAUUUGAAAAUAUAUUAUAUGAUUGUCAUAAACUAGGAGCUGCCACACUAUCACAUGUGUUCUUAUAAUAUGAUUAUGUGCAGUGUAUCUGUUUGUCUUUGAGCUUUGUUUUUACCCAGUCCAUUAAAGGUUUAAUACAGCAUCUGUUUUUAGAUGUAAUAUGUUCUAAUUAUAUGCGGAUUGAUUUAUUUGUAGUUUUGCUGUCUCAAUAUAAUACUUACACUGAUUAUGAAAAUCUUAAUAACUGUACAAUUGUAUUUUAACCACAAUCUCAAUGUAGAUAUUAUGAUUUUAAAAUGGAUUUAAUAAGCAAAAACUGUAUAUACUUUUUUCAUUCUGCGCACUAUAAAUUUAUAACAAAAUAAUAAUAAUAUAUAUUUUUUAUAUAUAUAUAUUUAUAUAUAUAUAUAUACACACACACACACACACACACUUAUUUAUAAAAUGCCAACAAAUUAUGCAGUGUUGUACAAUAUAUAUAAAUACACAUACAAUGCUCACUCUAUGAUUAUAAUAACUUAAAGAGACACUCGCCCCUAUUAUUGCAGAAGUAGAGAGACCAUGUCAGACGACACUGAUUUAUCAACUAGGAGUCACACCUCCUGGUCUAUGGGUAUGAUUGAGUCCCAUAAAUUCCUAUCCUCCGUCCAUGCUUCUUAUAACAGCUAUGUUAAUUUUGUAAAAAUAAAAAAAUACUUUAUUAGUAAAGUAGUUAAUAACAUCACAUGAGGAUAAGAUUUGUAUUUUUUCCACAGCAUAUAAACCCCAAAAGUUAUCAAUUUUAUGUGGCAAAAUACUAUUUAUGUCAUAGAAUCAAAUACAAUCCCAGGAAUGUUUACUGGAAAAGAGAGCAAAUGUUAAUUAAGACAUUUUAUUUUUUAUAUUUUUUUAAAUACUUUUAGAGAGGCACUGUAAGAGAAAGUGUUCUAACUUAGAAAUACACAUUGAUAACAUGUUUGUGCAUAUAUUAACUUUGGGUUCCCAGAAAUGCUAAACCAUAUAAAUAGACAAGAAGAAUUAAUAUUGUAUUGUUCCGUUUUCCAGUGAUGAACUUUACCACGGCAAAUAUCAUUCGUCUGCUUCUCUCGGUGGUGAUUCUCAUUCUCAUUGGAAUUAUCAUUUUGAAUCACUUUAAUGAUUUUCCGAAGACAAAAGAAUUCCCUGCUAAACUGCCUUCUAUUCAGGACAAACCUGACCGAUAUACUGAAGAACCACAUGUGGUGUACGAAAGCAAAGCAGAGGAAUAG